CCGCAGGGCCUGGCACUGCACACACAGACUGCUUUUACUGUAUAACGUGACUCAUUUGUACUGUUCUAUCCUGGCCUUGGCUGGUGUGUGGGCGAGCGUUGGCUGUUGCCUGUUUGGAAUCGAAAGGGUUUGCAAGCUCGGUUGGAAUGAAACCAGUAGUUACGCACUGUUUAUUUGGGUUGUGGGCUGUUUGGUUGUGCUCGCUCGCGUUGGUCGCACAGGAUCUCGUUGUAUCCGGAGAAAGCGAGGUGUUGUCAGUUGCUUCGUUGUUCCCGUUGGUGAGUUGACUGGUGGGGGCUUGAAAAAGCCUGGGUUGUUCGUUGAGAGUGGUUUCCCCACUUGGUGGUUCUGCAGAUCGGAGGUGACAUAUUUGCCUUUGCUUUUUAUUUCUUUUGCCUCAGAUUUAAAGCUGUCGAUUUGGCUUGCUGGGUGUGGUUCUUGAUUUAUUUCAAAUCAUUGCAGGGCGUGGUUGUUCAGUACUGUUGCCCUAUUGCCCAUUUGUCUAUCUUCCACUCCUCGAGACUGUGCCCUUGGAAUAGACUUUCUUUCUCUUUCUUCUACACUCUCUCUAUUCUCUUCUCCUCUCUGGUCAUAGUAUCUCAGGCUGGGUUUAUUUGUUCUUUUGUUCGUCGGUUCUUCAUCUCUCAGUCUUGAUAAUGGACGCUACUUUGUUGUGUAAUCUCAAAGGAGGCAGCAGAGAAGUUACUCUCCGUUUGCGACUGCUUCACUUGUGGUUUGCUAAGAAUCCUGAUGGUACCAGAGUGUUCAAUCAUUGCUGUCUUUGGGUAGAUCAAACGGGCAUGCUCAUUCAGAGCCUUGCUGAUGCAGCCUUUGGUCAUGAUUUUGAGCGGGUUCUGCGUGUUGGUGUUGUUUAUGUAAUCAAGUCUUUUGGUCAGGGUGUGGCGAGGAAUCUAUACCGAGCCUACUCUUUUGAUCUCAUCAUGGAAUUAUCGGUUACCACAACUUUCCAGGCAUGCUCUCUCCCCGCGGCUGAUUUUCCUGCUGACUCUUUCGAGGUUGUGCCAUACAGUGACUUGCCAAAGCGCAAUGGGUAUCACCGCAUCCUCUCGGAUGUUGUUGGACGUCUUCAUUCCAUUAGUGGGAUUGAUCAUCAAGUCACCAGUAAUGGAUCCACUCCAAAACACUCCUUGGUCCUUGAGAAUGCCCAGGGCCAGAAGGCUGAUUCCAUUGAGCCAGUCAUCAUUGGAGUGGGGAGUCUCAUGGUUGGCCGCUUGAUAGUGGGUCAGUACACCUGUUCAAGUUCUUCUGGCACCCGUAUAGUUGUUACCCCUCGCAUUCCUGAGGCAUACAGCCUGACAACUUUCUUCGGUGGAGCUAGGAAUCCUGUGACGGAACUGGCAGUUCAAUUUGCAACACCUGAAGAUGCUGCUGCUGAUGCUCAGCGUCGUACAAGGACGAUAGCUGAGCUGCUUGAUUUGUACCAUAGCGAUGGUUCGGUGGAUGAAAGGCAUCGUUGUGGUGGGAUAAUAAGAUCUGUUGAGUCUCGCAGUCCAUGGUACUACACAUCAUGUAACAUGUGCAAAAAGAAGUGUUCUACGUGGAGGAAUGGUAACUAUUGGUGCCCAGAUAAUUGGGAAAUUUCUGAACAGCAUGUCACGAUUGGGUACAAGAUACAGCUGACCUUGCGUGAUUCAACAAAUGAAGCUCGUUUUAUAGUUUUGGACCAUGUGGAAAUAAUUUGGUAUUCACAUCUGCUCAGCUUCUUGCCCAAAGAUAUCCUCGUAGGCCUCACGAGCUUCCACCUGAGCUUGAGGCUUUGUUGGGCCAGUUUGUUAGAUUCGAGGGUUUUUCGGGUGCUUCCCCGGGAUAAUCAAGAACCACUUCUUGCUAUAGAAUCUGUAGUGCACCCAACUGUUGAUCCUUCUGUCCCUCAAGGUGUUACUGAGCAAGGUGGAAUGCUUUUGUUGGCUGGGGUGCCUGAACCAUCCCAAGUUAGCUGUUCUGCUAUCGCUCCAACAAGCUCUUCCAAAGGCAAGGAAAAGAUAUCAGGCACAGUGCUGCCUGGAAACUACAAUCCAACUUUCAAUAUUACUCAGGCAGCAAGGCAACCUCUCAAUAAAUCUCAUGGUCCGUUGGUCAUCAAGGAGAGUUCUGGUGUUAGCAAUUUGGGAAUUCAGUCUCCGCAGGAAGGUGUUUCAAGGAGAGCAUUUUCAGCCUCUGAUGGUGUUUCCAGAAACAUCAAUCAGGAUUCUGUGUUUGCUGUUUCAGCAAAUGAGGGUUCGCUACCUAUCAGUUCUGUUGGUCCUCCCCAAGAUACUACCAUUAAGGCUGUUGCUGAUGUGAAGAUUCCAGAGAUACCCCCAUUUUUAGUAAACAGUGAUAGGGCGGAUCUGAUGAGUUCUUGCGAGUAGAAAUCUUUGGAUUCGUUGUCAGCUGUUGUGGGAGAUUCCGAUACUCCCCAGAGUAAAAUUAGAAAGACAUCAUCUUCAACCCCACCCUUUUCAUCACCUUCUGAUACUAUGUGAGAAAUUCCUGCCUUUGACAAUGUGCAUUGGCCAAAUAUACAUAUUUGUUUGAUUUGGUUGUUUGCACUCUAGGUUGGCUUCACCAUUGGUCAAGGUGAAAAUUGAAAAGCUAGAAUCGUUUGAGUCUAAGGAGGGUGUCAACAAGCAAGCUGGACAAUCAACUCAGGAUUCUGCUCCAUUCUCACUUGGUGACCUGAGUGAUUUUACUCCCCAGAGUAAAAUCAAGAAGACAUCAUCUUCAACCCCACCCUUUUCAUCGCCUUCUGGUGCAAUGUGAGUGUUUCGUACCUUAGACCAUGAGCAUUGGCCAUAUAUGCAUCUUCUUUUGGUUGAUUAGGUUCCUUUCACUCUAGGUUGGCUUCUCCAUUGGCAAAAGUGAAGAUUGAAAAGCUGGAAUCUGCUAGGUCUCAGGAGGGUAGCAACAAGCAAGCUAGGGAAGCAACUCAGGAUUCUGCUCCAUUCUCACUUGGAGACCUGACUUCACAACCGACGUCCACCAAGCCUUCUUCUGCUAAACGUCGCCUUUAUGAUAAUUAAGGUAUUCUUUUGCCUUUGUGUGACAAAAAAAAACUCAGUGUUGUUGGGAUGAAUUACCUUAAAUUAAUUGCAUCUUUCUGAACUUGCAGGGGGUGUUGUGGGCUCAGGAGGAAUGGUUGUUAUUACUGGGAUGAUGUAUUUUGUCAAUGUCAUGAAACCUUUUCUCGUGGCUUUGGGGAACUUGCUGGUGUGUGCUUUGUGUGUCAGUUAAACUUUUGGAAGGAUCAUUUUGGAAACUUUGUUAGCAAAGCACAAGACCUUUAGUAAUCUUUAGUGCAUUAAUGGACUGAAGUAGUAUCAUGUUAUUGUAAAUAUUUUAUGAAUUGCUUCCAUGCUCUUAACUGGUAUUUCUAAAUGUAAUGGUGUUUCCCUGCUGUUAACUGAUAUUUCUAUUUCUAAAUAUAAUGGUGUAGUUAUAUAUGGAAUCCACAAGCCUUAUCUAUGUUAUUUGUGUAAUGUAGACCUCUGGUUUCUUUUAGUGUGAGAUCCAAGUAGUCACAAAGGAUGUUGAUGCUUUACUUUGGGUAUGAAUUAAGAAUCAAUUAAUGAUAUUUAGCUAAGAACAACCAUUCAUAGUUCUUCAGUUUUCUCUUGGUUUGAUCCAAAUACGUGAAUGAAAUUCAUGAUCACGG